AUGACGUCCAGAGCAGCUUUGCAUCUGGCGCAUGGCAGAGGAGCCGAGGGCCACCGUCUAUGUCAUACCCAGAGACAGCUUGACCACCACCACCUAACUACCCUCCUGACUUCGAUUCGUAGCUAUCCGCAGUGGCGGCGACGACAGCAGCAGCAGCAGCAGCAGGCCUCGAAACAGAUCUCAUAUGGAGUACGCGGCUUUCACAAUUACUUCGUCACCCACCUCCCGUCCUCGUCCCUCCACCCCGACUCUCGCUCCACACCGGGACCCCACCACAAACUCCCUCGCGAUGCUUCGGCACCGCACACCCCCGACUCCUCGGGCGUCGCGCCUGCCUCGCCACCGAACAUGCCUUCUCGAGACCUCACCGUUGUUCGCAUCCCCUUGCGCAGCGCAAAGCACCACUUUGGCGUCUUCAGCGGCCGCGGCAGCCGGCCCUACAAUGAGGACGUCAACCAGGCUGGCACGAUCAAUAUUCCCGCCUUUGCGAAGCGCGCUCCCAUGAGCCUGGUGCGCAGCGAGAGGAAGAACAGUGCCGGCGAGGCGACCACCGCCGACAGCCCCUUUGGAGACCCGCAAGUCUUCUAUUUUGGUGUGUUUGACGGCCACGGCGGGAGCGAGUGUGCCGAGUUCCUGCGGGAUGAGUUGCAUGGUUACAUCGAGGAAGCUGCUCGCAAAUUCGAGCUCAAGAGCAGUCUGCGCAAGAGGAACAAGCUGCUCAAGGGUGGCACAGACAAGGACAAGGCCCCUAUCCUCGUCAAGGCCGACGUACACAAGGCGGUCAAGCUGAUGAACGACCUCAUCGACGAGUAUAAGAACACGAUCGGUGGCUACUUCCGACGCUUCAAGCCUCCAUUAUUCGACCUGAAUGCCGAGUCCAACGCCUCCGCCAAGUCUAAAGUCUCUAUCGAGUCCGUCCUCACGUACGCCUUCCUCCGCGCCGACCUGGACUUUGUUACCGCACAGGCCCGCAAGCCCGACCCAGACGAUCCCUACGUGAGCGACAAUCUCCCGCUGAACAGCAACGAGAUCCUGGGCAGCUCCCCUCACAGCGUCCCCUCGGGCCAGAAUAUCAUAGGCGGGCCCGCUCGUUUCAAGGGCGGCAGUACAGCGUCCAUCGCGCUCAUCUCCACGCCCACCCCCGCGCCCUUCUGGCAUCCCAACGCGCACAGCACCAUCGUCGUUGCCCACGUUGGCGACACGCGCAUCCUCCUGUGCGAGACGGCAACGGGCCUCCCCGUUCCCCUGACGAGCGACCACCACCCCAGCAGUCCAAGCGAGGCGAGGCGGCUCACGCGGUUUGCCGAGAGCAGUCUCGUCACCGACAGCUUCGGCGAGGAGAGGAUCAGCGGUCUGGCCAACUCGCGUGCGUUCGGCGACAUGGGCUCCAAGCGCAUCGGUGUCUCCGCCGAGCCCGAGCUGACGCGGAUGCAGCUCGGCCCGGCCCAGUUCAGCUUCAUGGUCCUGGUCAGCGAUGGCAUCAGCGGGACACUGUCCGACCAGGAGAUUGUGGACUUGAUCAAGGAGGCGCGCACGCCCGAGGAGGGCGCAAAGAAAGUCGUCGGGUACGCGACUGAAGUAAGCAUCGAUGGUGACAAUGCCACGUGCCUCGUCAUCCGGCUUGGCGGCUGGGAGAGGCGCAGCGAGGGCGGCUUGGGCAGCCUGGGAACCAAGGAGAUGAGGGAUGCCAGGAAAGCAGAGGCCAACGACCCAAGGCGUGGUCGACGGUGA